GUCCAUAUUUUAACCAUUGGCCUCGAAUACUGUGAUAAACACACAGCAGUUCUGCACCGAAAACGCACAGUUUGUCAAAGGAUUUGCGCACAGUGAAAAUUUGAUUUGCAGUCCACUUGACAGAAUGCGACUGUCAUUAAUCCUUCUGUUUCUCCAGCUAUGGGGACAUGUGGAAGUUUCUUUCUCAGAAAAUGUAUGUUCAAGGCUUCCAAAUGUUCCUCACUCCUAUGUGUCAGAAAAUACUAAAAAAGUUGAGUACCACGAAGGAGAUGUGAUACAUUUCACAUGCGAGACUGGUUAUAUAUCUGGUCCAACCAUCAGAUAUAUAUGCACAAAUACUGGCUGGGAGAGUAUCCGUCGGGGAAAAUGCACCUUAAAGCCAUGUGAACUCCCUGAGGACGUUCCCAAUGGCUAUUAUGAAAUUAUCCACGGAGAAGAGCUCGUUUUUGGAACAGCUAUCAAAUACUUUUGCAAUUCAGGGUAUACAAUGGGAGAUCGCGAUGGCAGUCGAACUUGUCAGUUGGACGGAUGGAGUAGUACUGUGCCAGUAUGUGAAACUGCCGAGGGUUGUGAGAAACCACCAAAUCUUUCAAAUGGAGAGCCCAAGGAAAGUUCCAGACUGGAGUACAGCCAUAAUGAAAGGGUUGAGUACAUCUGCCAGGAUUACUACAGAAUGGAGGGUGGGCCGUACAAAACCUGUGUAAAUGGUCAAUGGACUGGAGAGAUGAGAUGCCUCAGAAUCCCUUGUGCAGUUGGCGUAAUGGACCCUAAUCUGCAGGUAACUGGAUUACCUCAAGGGAAUGAAGCGAUAAAGACUGGGGACACAUUACAUUUUCGUUGUGCUGAUCAGUAUAAACUGGAAGGUUCUGAAGUAAUCGAGUGUUUAGAAACUGGGUACUGGAAUGCUUCCUUUCCAUCCUGCUCUGAUCACUGCAAAGUCACAAGAAUAUCAGACAGUGUAAGAAUGACAUCACACAUACAAGGCAAUGAGCUAAAGAAAGGACAAAAGCUAACCUUUACUUGCCUUAGACGUAACCACUUUAUGCAAGGCAAUAAAACAGUUGAAUGUUUGGCAAAUGGACAGUGGAGCGAUCCGUUUCCAACAUGCGGAGAUCCUGUGGGUUGUGAGAAACCACCAUUACUCUCAGAUGGAGACACCAAAACCAGUACUAAAAGGCAAUACAGCCAUGGAGAAAGUGUUGAGUAUAUCUGUCAAAAUUACUACAUAAUGGAAGGCACACCAUAUAAAACCUGUAAAAAUGGUAAAUGGACUGGACAGAUGAGAUGCCUCAAACCCUGCACUGUAAAUAGAGAAGACAUGAGAAAACACAAUAUUCAAUUCAGAUAUGUCAGCGAUGAUAAGCUGUAUUCACAACAUAAUGAUGUAAUUGAGUUCAGAUGUACCAGGGGAAGACCUGUUGGCAGUUCGGGAAUGCGUCAGAAGUGCAUUGAAGGCGUAAUGCAUCUGCCCACAUGCCAGUAACAUUUCUGUCUAUUGGAUUCGAUGAGCAUGAGCAUGCAAAUCUAUAAAUGAUUAGUGCACUGAUGUGUGUGGUCAUUUUAAUAAAAGCCUAUGUACUCAG